AUGUUUCUCUACCUCCAGGAGCGAGCUCUGAAGCUCCAGCUGAUGUUUGAGGUGCCGCGCCCCCCGGGCGUCGGCCUCCACGCUGCCGAUUUUGUCCGCAAUCUGCUGCUCUCCACCACGCUCGGCCUGCCCGACGCGCAGCAGGAGGCUUUCUACCUGCGCUGCUGGCUCGAACCAUUCGAGAUGCGAGUUGGCCACGACGCGACGACCCUGGAUCGCGUCCUGCAGAGCUUUGUCGACAGCCGUGGAGGCGAGCGGUCUGUCUGUGGCGACGCAGAUGUCUGCCAAAGCGCGCCUGCAGGCUCAUAUUCACAACAGUUCAUCUUCACGCCAACGGUCAUCGACGUCGGCGGCCCAGUCGCCGAGAUCGCGCUCGGAUAUCAGCGCUCGUGCGCGACACUCACUGACGGCACGCUCAAGUGUUGGGGCAAGAACGACAAGGGCCAGGUGGGCGACGGGCAUCCCCGACGGACACCGGCCGACGAACCGGACCUCGCCGACGUACUCACGCCGACGGACAUCCCCGUCGGCGGCGCUGUUGCCGAGAUCUCGCUCGGAUAUCAGCACACGUGCGCAUCACUCACGGACGGCACGCUCAAGUGCUGGGGGGACGGCGAUCAUGGCCAACUGGGCGUGCCAGGGGUGUCCUUUGCAAACCUGCCUCAACCUGUGACUGCCGGGGGCACAGUCGCCCUGAAAGUCGCCAAGAUCUCGCUCGGAGAACACCACACGUGCGCAACGUUUGCGGAUGGCCGGUUCGAGUGCUGGGGCAGGAACACCAACGGCCAACUGGGGGACGGGACCACGAAUGAUGCCCGGGGGCCCACCGCAAUCAAGCUGGGGUAG